GAAGUUCGUCAGCCAAGAUUCCAACCCGUCCAAGCAGGUGUCUGGUUGUCUGGUUGUCUGGUUGUCUGGUAGUAGGACGUUUCUUUAAGUAGUGGAUUCUCUGGUUCUCUGGCGUUGCCUUGUCCGAGGGCUGUAACCUUUAAAACCUCCACAUAUUGCUGUCGUCCCGCCAGUUAACAGGCACAAACCCAGCCUGCCUUGGAGAGUGAGGCUAACAGCCAGCUUAGCCGGCUGCCGCUGUUGCGUGUGUCAACAUACACCAAUCCGACGCCGCAUCUCCCCAAGAGGGAUCCUGCACGACCAUUGAUUGUCGUGGCGUCCCUGCAGUCGACUUUGCUCAGCUCCCCCUCCCUCUGCAGCCUCUGCUGCCUCUGCUAUAUGGGUUCUGUUGCGAGAAUUCCGAAAACAAACUCGGUGAUGAUUCGCAAGUCUUCCCUUUGACAGCAAAGUCCGAGUUACACAUCGUCUACCAUCUCACCCACGACCUCUGGGUGGUACCACGUCCGACUUCGUCUUUUUCUCAACACUGAUCGAGGACUUUCUCAAGAAAUGUCAAAUGGCCAGCUGGUACGUCGGAGGGACGGAGAUGUCGCGCUCCUCAAGCGACUCAUCUCUCCCCGACGGCCCAUAUCGUCGACGUCGUCAGCACGUCGAGCACAAGAAGCGCCGUCCCAGCUACUCUGAACUUUCUAGCCUUCCGGAUGACUUCGAAAUGUUUCAACCGUUUAAGCGCCACCGGUUUGUCGACCACCCCGAUACCUUCGAAACCUUCGAAACCAUGGAUUUUGGACAGACCCUGGCCCGUCCGGCUUUCUUCAUCAUUAAGGAGGGAAACUCCGGCCCCGGCUCGUCCGGCCUCGGACAGGUAAUGGUUGAAAACUCCGUCGCGGCCCACCACCGCGCCGAAUCUACGAUGCGGCCUGGCUCCUUCCAGCAUUACAUGGUGCGGUCGGACUCGCCCGCCAUGAGCCGUCCUACUCACGCCGAUCAAGCCCACGAUGAGGCGGCUAAGCUUGUCGCGGCUAACCUCGCGGAUCCUCGCCGGAGGAGCAGGGUCUCCCAGCACGAGCGGAUCCUGAGGAGCCUCAUCUGUCCCAAGUCGCCCGAAGCCGAAUUUGACAUAGACGACGUCGCCCUGCAGGGCAUCUUCUACGCGGCUAACGAAAUCUUCUUCCACGGAAAGCUUAAGGGCCGUGUCGCAUGGGCGUGGAGGGACUUACCCAGCUGCCUCAUCGGCACCACCGCAUUGAGGAGGUCGCCGCUCACCGAUGGCUACGAGACACUCAUUUUCCUGUCGCGACGCAUCCUCAAGGACAAGAAGUACAACAGGCGUCUGCUCAUCUCAACCUUCAUCCAUGAGCUCAUCCACAGUUACCUAUUCGUCUUUUGCGGGUUUCAAUCUAAAGAGUGCGGCGGCCACACUAAAGGAUUCCAACGCAUCGCCAACCUCAUCGACGAGUGGGCCGGCCCAGACCUCCUAUAUCUUCACAACAUAGAAGCCAAGCUCAGCGACUUCGAGACAAAAGCCGCGGCUCUACCUAAGGACUCGGAUUUCGACAGCUGGGGCGCACCGUGGGCGCACAACCUUACUACCGGAGACUACAUCUUCCCGAGCCAUCACCAAUGCAGGUUGUGGCCUGCGGCUCUACGUUUACCGGACCGGGACCCCCCAUGACGAGCCGUCAACGUCCCGGUCCUGCGGCUGCGUCUCGCGAGCCGAGAGGCAGCUUAAUGUUACCCCGCAUAGGGCUAGAUCUUAUCCAAAAUCAUCGUAUCCUACCCUACCUUACCCUACCCUACUCAACCUUACAUACAUACAUACCUCAUACAUACACACAUACAUACCUUGGGUACCUAACCUACAUAUAUAUUCACCCUUCACUACUUUCCUUUGUCGUAUACAGGCAUGGCGACGGCGUAUCGUUAUAUCGUUAUAUCGUUAUAUACCCCUACCUAGAUUCGGGACGGAACAACUAUUAUUACUACUACUACUGGGAAACUUGGGGGGUUUCGUUGGCACGUCGAGAUGAAUAAUUCGUUCCUA